AUGGCGGAAUCUGGCAAAACAAAACUCCCGGAUUCCGCGGAAGAUAAUGGGCCAGUUUCUAAGAAAGCGCGAGUGGCUGACGAGGUUCUUAGUGAACCCGCUGCUGGGAGUUCCGGUGGAAUGAUGCUGGAAGACUUGCCCAAAGAAAUCUCCGAGGCUUUGGACGAACUCGAUUCAUGUCAAAGAGAAAUUGAUGCGUUGAACGAGAAGGCGAGUGAAGAAAUCCUCAAAGUCGAGCAAAAGUUUAAUAUUCUGAGAAGACCGAUGUACGGAAACCGAACCGAAAUAAUUGCCAGAAUACCCCAAUUCUGGCUAACGGCAUUCACAAACCACCCUCAAAUUUCACCCAUGAUCGAUGAAGAAGAAGAAAAAUGUCUACAAUAUCUGCGAGACAUGGUUGUCGACGAGAAUGAUGAUAUAAAGUCAGGUUAUAAGAUCAAGUUCAUUUUCGAGGAUAAUCCGUAUUUUGAUAACAACGAAUUGGUGAAGGACAUACAUCUUCCUUACGAAUCACCAGAAGAUCGACCAUCCGUUGAAAGCACAGAAAUCAAGUGGAAAGCUGGCAUGGAUCUUCUGAAAGUGAAGGAGAAGAAACCCAAACGACGUGGUCGAGCGUGGGCUGACAAUACAGUGUCAUUCCUUGAGUGGUUGACCCAUGGUGGGGAUCCUUCUGGUGAUGAAAUUGCAGAGAUUCUCAAAGACGACAUGUGGCCGAAUCCGAUGCAAUAUUACUUAGCUCCGGAGGUUGAGCUUGAGGCGAAUGGACUUUCUGAUGAGGAUGAAGAAGAGGAGGGCGUAGAAGAAGAGAGUGACGUAGAGCCGGACACCGUUGUCAUCCUGGAUGACGAAGAAGAAGGUGAAGGGGAAGAGGACAGUGAAGAUAAUCUAGCUGGCGAAGAAGCAGGCGGGGAAAAUGAGCCGACGGACGAGCUGGAAAAAGACGAAGAACCUUAAAAAUCUUCGAGUCGCAUAACACUUGCUUUACCGUGUGUGGAGCAUUUGCGGUGUCGUACUUCCGCAGAGAAAAGCGAAAAUGAAUUUGAGGUUUCUUUGAUUUUUUGUUUGUUUCGAAUGCCUGCUCCGUAUCUGCGUCGUCUUGUUGCGUGUUUCAAUUUUUCUGAUUUGCUCGAGAGGGGGAUUAAAAAGGCUUUUCUUUUUGGUAUUCGGAUGAUGCUCCGGAUUCCUUAGAA